CGAGAGAGAGAGAGAGUGAGAGAGAGAGAGAGAGAAGGGUGGCAGACGGCUGUGGGCUAACCGGAUAGUGGGGGGUUCGACGGAGUUGGGCUGACCGGCAGUUUCUGGGCACCGUGGUGGUGCUCCUACGUCCUUGUGGUGGCCGACGGUGGCUGGGAUAAAAUUACAAAGCCUCUGCGAUUGAGAUCGUGGUUCCGAUGACUCACAGGUGAUGGCAUAUUUGAUGGCUUUUUUAAUGUUGCUGUUUUUUAUGUUAUGAACUUAUGGAGCAUUGCUGAGCCUCAAUUUAUGAGGAAGAACUUUAAAGACUACUGGCUUAAAAACCAACUCAUCCGCAAGUGGCCAUGAAGGUUAUAUCUAGAAGCAUGCUCAAUUGCCUAACAUCAAUUUCCAAACGAUCACUAAUUUUCCCAAGACAAAAAAUCCAGUCCUUUUCAACCACCGUUGAUCCCUCAAACCCAAUUCCUUCCAGAUUUUCCCAGCCAUCUCACUACAGGAAACAGAUUUCCCUCGCCAAUCUCCUCCAAAGAUAUGGCUUCCCAGCAUCUCAACUCCACAAUUUCCUAAACAAAAACAAAUUUGUAGAGAAAUCCAACUUGCACGAGCUUGAUCAGUCUCUGCGUAUUCUAACAAAACUGAAAAUUCCUCAGAAGUCUUUGGUUUCAUUGAUAUCCGACUGUCCUGGGGUCUUGGAGUUUGAGUUUCUCAAGAAAUGGGAAAUGGAUUUCCUAGGAUUGGACUUCUUGAGUGCUUUCCCAUUGAUCAUUUGCAAUGUGUUGGAACUUGCUAGGAGAUUCCAGUUAGACCCAGAUCGGUUUGUUAGGAGUGUGAAGAUUUUGAGGAGUUUAGGGUUUUGUGAUGAUACUGUGAGUAGGGUUUUAGAAGGCUUUCCUAGAAUAAUUAUGAUGAAUGAGAGGGAAACUCGUGAUCGAAUUUUAUUUUUGAUGGGACUUGGGUUUUCAAGGAAUGAAAUUGAUCGUCUUUUUUGUUUGUUUCCAAGUGUAUUAAGAUUUGGGGUUGAAGAUAGGUUGAAGCCUUUGCUUUUUGAGUUUAGAGAUUUGGGGUUUAAUGAGAAUUUGGUUAGGAAAGAGAUCGUUAGGGAACCGAGAAUUCUCAGUAUGGAAUUGGGGGAACUUUCGAGGUAUUUGGAGCUGCUGAAGACUUUGAAAUGUCGGGAACCAAUUGAGCGGAAGAUUUUUACUGAAGGAGCAUUUAGAGCUGGGUUUGAUGUGAAACUGAGAAUUGACUGCUUAUGCAAACAUGGGUUGACUCGUAGAGAAGCUUUUAAAGUGUUGUGGAAAGAGCCAAGGCUGAUUUUAUAUGGGAUAGAGGAUAUUGAGAAGAAGAUUGAGUUUUUGGUGAAUAGGAUGAAAUUCAAUAUUGGUUGUUUGGUUGAUGUUCCCAAUUAUUUGGGUGUAAACUUUGAAAAACAGAUUGUUCCUCGAUACAAUGUGAUCACGUAUUUGAGAGCAAAUGGUGGGCUUCGUUUUGAGGUGGGAUUGAGAGAUUUGAUAAAGCCAAGUAGGCUUAGAUUUUACAAUCUCUAUGUCAGGCCAUAUCCAGAGUGUGAGAAAAUGUAUGGCAGAUUGUCUGGUGAUGUGGAACUUAAAAGCCCACAUCCAGUUGGUCUGUGGAAGCUCUUCAAACCACAAAGGCAUUCAGAAUCCAAAGAGGAGGUGAAAAAUAUGAAGUGCUUCAUGGAGUUGUUGGUUUAAAGGGAGGGGGGAGAGAGAGAGAGAGAUCUCAUUAAGAAUCCUUCGUCAUUAUCUAAACGAUUGAGUUUUUAACCUGUAAAACAAUUGUUGAUGCCAUGCUUUUGGUUCUUCUGGUGCCCGACGGUAAAGGAAAAUUGCAUUUGUGAGACCAUAUUUUCUAAAAGAGAGGAAUUUACAGGCUUGGAUUUUGAUAGUUUCAUUUUGGACACCUGCAAAUCUCUUCUUAGAGUAUGAAGAAUGCAGCCAACCCACUGUUGGGAUUGACUGCUUAGAGGAAAAUUGAUGAUAUGCUGCUUCAUUGAAAUGGCUAAUAUCGUUGGAAGAAUAAGGCACUCCAUGAAGUAGGCUGUUGUAAGUAAACUGUGGGGGCUAAAACCUGGUUGCCUUUUGAAUGUUUUCUGAUAUAAGAAUGCGAGAUGAAUGCUCCAUGUUAUUCUGAAGCACGUUCUACCGUUCUGACCUCUACUUUCUUGGUGCAAAGGAGGCUGCUAAUCAGCAUAAAAAUCGAUACAUGUACCAACAAUCAUGUAUGUUAUUCUUGCUUUACCAUCUAUAUUUGUACAUAAAAGGGAAAUUUGUGUACAACUUUGUCAAUAUUGUUAUGUCUUGUACCAGGGAAUAUUGCCCGGGAAGAUUAAGGUUUGCCCUACAUUUCUUUGGA